UUGAAUCUUUUCAAAAAUAAACUUUCUGGUCCGAUCCCUCCUGAGUUGGGGAAGCUAAAGUCACUUGAAACCCUGAGUUUAAACAAUAAUAAUCUCACAGGUUUGAUCCCAGCCUCUUUAGGCAAAGCUACGGGUCUAACCAUUCUGCACCUCUACGCUAAUAACCUUUCUGGUCCUAUCCCACCAGAGUUGGGGAAUUUGAAAUCUCUCGGUGAACUAGAAUUGAGCGAAAAUAAUCUAACUGGAUCCAUCCCUGCUUCAUUAGGUGACCUGAGUAAUUUAGAAUAUUUGUUCCUUCGUCAGAACCAACUUUCCGGUCCCAUUCCAAGUGAACUAGGAAAACUGAAGAAACUUGUCGUCUUGGAAAUGGAUGAAAAUCAGUUUUCUGGUCAUUUGCCAGAGUCAUGUGGUGGUAGGUUAAUACAACAUUUUACUGUGGAUAACAAUAGACUUUCAGGUCCAAUCCCUAAAAGCUUGAAAACUUGUUCCAAUUUGACCACAGCCCAAUUUGAUCACAACCAGUUUUCUGGGAAUCUGUCGGAAGAAUUCGGUGUCUAUCCAAAUUUGACGUUCAUGGAUCUAAGUGACAAUAAAUUCUAUGGUGAACUCUCCAGCAAUUGGUGUAGUAGCAAACAACUAGCAAUUCUGAGAAUUGCAAAGAACAAACUUUCAGGAAACAUUCCUCCAGAAUUUGGAAAUUUAAGUCAAAUACUUGUACUCGAUCUUUCUUUAAACCAGUUAUAUGGGGGGAUUCCAAAGGAAAUUGGGAAGUUAAGUUUACUUAUGAAUCUUCGCCUGAAUUACAACCAACUAUCUGGAGAUAUACCUGAAGAAUUGGGAUCACUGUCAGAGUUGAUGUACCUCGACCUUUCUAGAAACAGAUUGGCAGAUCAAAUACCAAGAAAUUUAGCAGACUCCAAGAUAUUGUAUCACUUGAAUUUGAGCAACAACUAUCUAAGUCAGAGAAUCCCUGUUCAGUUUGGUACGUUAACUCAUCUGUCCGAGUUGGAUUUGAGUAAUAAUUCACUCACUGGAAAAAUACCAUUUGAAUUAGGAAAGAUGCCAAGCCUGGAACGGUUAAACCUCUCCCAAAAUCACCUCUUUGGACCGAUUCCUGAUAGUUUUCAGGAAAUGCAUGGCCCUGUGGAGAUCGAUUUAACCUAUAAUGAGUUGGAGGGUCCAGUUCAUGCUGGAAAAUCCUAUCAGAACUUCUCCAUCAAUCAACUACGAGGGAAUAAAGGAUUGUGUGGAAAUAUUGCCGGACUACUACAAUGCAAAAGCAAAAACCACAAGACAGGGAAUAACAACAAACUCAUUUUCAUCAUUGCAAUCCCUCUUCUUGGUGUUCCUUUACUUCAAUUUGCAUUCAUCGGGGUCUUCAUUGUGUAUAAACACAGAAAGAGGAAUUCAAUGGAAGUGCAUGAUGAUUUUCUUUCUAUAUCCAAUGGAAGACUCGUGUAUAAAGACAUCUUAGAGGCCACAGAUGAAUUUGACACGGAAUUUUGCAUUGGGGAGGGAAGUUGUGGAAGGGUUUACAGGGCACAGCUUCCGUUAGAAAACACAAGAGCAGUAAAAAGACUUCAUUCCUUGCCUGAAGUGGUGACAGUAGCAGUGAAAAGGCUUCAUUCCACGUCUGAAAUGGCAAACCAUAGAGCUUUCCUGAAUGAAAUAAAAUCUUUGACAGAAAUCAGGCACCGAAACAUUGUGAAACUUUAUGGUUUCUGCUCAAAUGCUCGACACUCGUUUUUGGUUUAUGAAUACCUUGACAGAGGUAGUUUGGCCAGAAUUCUAAGCAUAGAUGAAGAAGCUGAAACAUUGAAUUGGCCUAAAAGGGUAAAUAUCGUGAAAGGCGUGGCUCAUGCUUUGUCUUACAUGCAUCAUAGUUGUUCUCCUCCAAUUGUUCAUCGAGACAUAUCGAGCAAAAACAUUUUGCUCGAUUCACAGUACAAGGCGCAUAUUUCUGAUUUUGGCACUGCUAAGUUUCUGAAAUGCGAUUCAUCAAAUUGGAGCGCUCUUGCAGGAACAUAUGGCUACAUUGCUCCAGAGUUUGCAUACACGAUGAAGGUCACUGAAAAGUCUGAUGUGUAUAGCUUUGGAGUGUUAGCAUUGGAAGUGAUCAAAGGAAAGCAUCCCUGUGAUUACAUCGAAUAUGUAACACCUCCAUCGCAUCAUUGUGCUUUACAAUUGAAAGAUUUCUUGGAUCCGCGCAUUUUCUAUCCCACUCGAGAAGAAGAGGAGAUUCUGAUGUUCAUUAUUGAACUUGCAACUAAAUGCCUGCACUCAGAUCCACAUUUAAGGCCCACCAUGCAAUAUGUUUCUGAUGUGCUGGUGCAUCCACGGUAAAAUCUAGUCAAGUUAAACUUGAAUUGCUAGAAGGUUUCCCAAUAAUGCCACUAGUUUUUAUAUAGUUUUGUUUUUUUUUUUAGUUUACUAUUGUGCUUUGAAUACUUCGUUUCGCACACUUUGAUAAUGUCACGAGCAUAAUAUGAUGGAAAUUGUAUCGGGAAUGGUUAAUAUUGAUUUAUG